AAAUAACGUAGCUAGAGAAAUCUGCCAGGGAGGGGGCUGAAGAACAAAACAAUGACACUGUUCGGAAGGACUCAAACACAGUAACACUUUUUAAAGACUUUUGAAACGGAUUCGCGCGGAUUUCCCUCCCGCUUGACAGUAAAAACAGUCCGCGCACAUCCGAGCUUUUGACACCGACUGGCUGUUGUUUUUGUUGAUGUGUUGUUACAGCUCUGUUGACAGACUGGAGGCUAGCUGCUUGUUAGGACGGCUGUGUACUGUUAGAGCUCGCUGGCUCGCUAAUUACAGUUUUCUCUUUGGGGGAAAAGUUAAAACUGUCCGUCGUAACCAACAAGCUGUACACCACAUUGCUGCUUUGUUGCCAGAAUUGUCCGCCGAGUUUGCCUGCGAGCUGUUUUAAGGGUCAGUUGGCUAGCUAGUUAGCCUGUUGUUAGCAUCAACAUUUGCACAUUCAUCUUUUCAGGGAGAGCUCAUUGUCUCGGUCGGUACGAGCUACUUGCAUAUUGUUUCUGUAUUAUUUUGGUCUAUUCGCUGACCGUAGAUGUAUUACAUGUAAUGCUGCAGCUAAGUGCUAACUUUAAUACACGAACAAGCUAACUGGUAGAAAGAUAUCAGGUGUUACUCAAGGAUCCGGCUGUUUAUGCUUCAUUGCCUCACUGUUAGUUGCACUAAAUAAUAUUAUUAAAAUCGUGUUUAAAAAAGUGUUUGAAAUUCAUGCUGCGAAAAGUCAUUGGAUAGAUUGUAUUGUUGCUGUUGAAACUUGGUUGUUAAAGUGAGUGGAUCACCAGCCCUGUUAGUUACUAUGCAGCUGUUGAUUUAGUCAUUGCAUUUGGUCAUUUCAGUGGUCAGUAUUACUGCAUGUUAUACAUUUUCCAUUAACUGCUAUUGGAAAUUGCUGGGGCUGUUGUCAAAGGUGUUCCAAUAGGCACUGCUCUGUAUUUACCUGGUAAGAAACGAUGAGUGGGCAUGGCUCAUCUUCAGAAAAGGGAGUCAAUACUAGUCUAAUAUGUCAAGAGAGUUAUUCCUGUGGUGGCUCUGAGGAGGCUGCGUUUGAGUGUGAUGAGUGCAAGAGCUUGCAGUGCGUUCGGUGCGAGCUCGAGCUCCACAACCAGGAGCGUCUGAAGCACCACGAGCGGGUUCAGAUUGGUCCUGGGCAUGUCCCUUACUGCGAUAACUGUAAAGGAGGUAAUGGAGACAGUGGCAAACGCCAUAGAUCUGUGGUCCGCUGCCAGAACUGCAAAGUUAACUUGUGUCAAGACUGUCAGAAACGAACCCACAGUGGAGGCAACAAGAAGAAACACCAGCUCACAUCUUAUUCUCCACCACCCAAAACUGCAGUGGUCAACUCUGUCCAGACAUCUGUCCUGCCCGCUGUCCAAAUAGACGAUGGGACCAAAUCUCAGAUAACAAAACUCCUGGAGAAGGUUUCCAGUUUUCUCUUGGUGGAUGAGAAUGAGGAAAUGCAGAUUAAAGAUGAAACUUCGUUUAUAAAGCGCCUGAGCUGCGACCCUGACCAGCUGCUGAAGGUGGUGUCCAUCUUUGGCAACACAGGAGAGGGCAAAUCCCACACCCUGAACCACACUUUCUUCAUGGGCAGGGAAGUGUUCAAGACUUCUCCCACACAAGAGUCAUGCACGGUGGGCGUGUGGGCAGCGCUCGACCCCAUCCGUAAAGUAGUGGUCAUCGAUACAGAGGGGCUGCUCGGGAACAGUUCCAAACAGGGCCAGAGAACCCGUCUCUUGCUCAAGGUGCUCGCCAUCUCUGACCUCAUCAUUUACCGCACCCACGCUGACCGUCUCCACGACGACCUCUUCAAGUUCCUCGGGGAUGCCUCAGAUGCUUAUCUGAAGCAUUUUACCAAGGAACUAAAGGCCACAACAGCCCGCUGUGGCCUGGAUGUCCCACUAUCCACCUUGGGCCCUGCGGUGGUCAUCUUCCAUGAAACCGUCCACACUAAGUUACUUGGUUCAGAUAAAUCACUGGACUCAGUAGAUCGGCUGCUGUUGGAGCGCUUCAAGAAGCUUUCCCGCUUCCCAGAAGCCUUCAGCUCCGUCCAGUACUGGGGCACGCAGACUCUCAACCCCCCCACUGACUUCCGUGGCCUGCAGAAUAAACUGGAGCAGCUCCUGGAUAACAACGCCACCCGUUCCCCACGCACCCCCGUGGUCAUCUUCAAAGCUCUGCAGGCAUUGAGUGAGCGCUUUAAUGGGGAAAUUGCAGGUGAGCUUGUAGCCCACAGUUGCUUCUUCCCCGAUGAGUACUUCACCUGUUCCAGCCUGUGCCUCAGUUGUGGAUCUGGCUGCAAGAACAGCAUGAACCACUUAGGAGAAGGAAUGUGCCAUGAGGCAAAGCUUCGUUGUCGUUAUUCUGUCCAUUAUGAUAAUCGCAUUUACACCUGUAAGGCUUGCUAUGAAGGGGGAAAGGAAGUUAUAGUUGUCCCUAAGACCUCGGCUUCCUCUGACUCUCCAUGGAUGGGCCUCGCCAAAUACGCCUGGUCUGGGUACGUUAUUGAAUGUCCAAACUGUGGAGUGAUCUAUCGGAGCCGUCAGUACUGGUAUGGGAACCAGGACCCUGUGGAUACAGUUGUCCGCACUGAGAUCCAGCAUGUCUGGCCAGGGUCGGAUGGCUUUUUAAAGGACAAUAGCAAUGCAGCGCAGCGUCUUCUGGAUGGAGUCAACCUAGUGGCCCAGUCUGUGUCAGAGCUAAGUGUCAAGCCUGCCAAGGCCGUCACCUCUUGGCUGACAGAUCAGAUCGCCCCGGCCUACUGGAAACCCAACUCCCUCAUCUUGGUGUGCCAUAAGUGUCACACAGUCUUCCAGGACAACGACACCAAACAUCACUGCCGUGCCUGCGGGGAGGGCUUCUGCGACGGCUGCUCUUCCAAAGCUGCGCCCGUCCCCGAGAGAGGCUGGGGUCUUGCCCCUGUCAGAGUCUGUGAUGUCUGCUUUGAGCAGAGAGCUUCAUACGCAGAGCUGCUUGAGGCGGAGCUUGAAGAGGAAGAAGGCGGAACCCUCGCCAGGAAGGUUGGAGAAGCGGUGACCAACACCAUCGGGGUGGUGGUAACUGCUAUUGACAUCCCACUUGGUCUAGUGAAAGACGCAGCCCGUCCUGCCUACUGGGUGCCUGACCAGGACAUCCUGUCCUGCCACAACUGCCAACGCGAGUUCACUGCCAAGCUGUCCAAGCACCACUGCCGCGCCUGUGGCCAAGGAGUGUGUGAUGACUGCUCCCCCGAGCGCCGGCCGGUUCCAUCGCGGGGAUGGGACCACCCGGUUCGCGUGUGCACAAGCUGCAACCAGAAACCUGGAGAACUUUAACAGGGACGGCCUUCCUUCCUCGGAGCACCGGAGAGAACCACUCGCUCACUCAGCUAGCAGUCUGUCACUGCUUUACCUCGGUUACUCUGAUGGUUCUGUCUUGUAUCUGUGGAAAGGAAGUUUUUAGGCAUAUAUAAAUAAAUACAAAUAUAGGACAUUUAGCAGAUUUGGGAUUUCAGACUUCCUGUGGCCUUUGUAGAACAGCCAGAACAUGUAAGUUACUUGACUGAGUGUGAAACAUGCAUUUCCACUCUGAUUAUUGUGAAUAUUUAGAUUCUUAUUGACACAAAUCCCUACUUUUACGUUAAAUAAGGCUGAUGAGCUAUUUUUCUACUAUCAGAAAAUAUAAAAAAAAAUGUAUCAUUUAAAGAAUAUUAGUUAGUAGAGAACCCUGCGGGGUUGGUGUGAUUAGUUUCCAGCAAUUCUUAUUAAUAAGCAUUGUUUCUCUGAUGUCGUACGUGUAAUGGCAAGGAGAUAUUUUAUAUCCGUGCAGGUGUAACUGCAGGUUCCAUUGCAUGCUGUAUUGCAACAUUUUAGUUUUUGCACUAAGCCUUUUUCAGCUGUUAUAGGCUGUUGCUUACCAUGGCCAAAAUCCAGAUAUCCAGAUGAUCAAGUAGUCUGUCCUAAACUGAGCUGAAAUCUACUACAGUGGAUCUCGAUUGUGGAUAUCUGGUGUGCCAAAAAUCAUUCAGGUCACUGUGUCUGUGCUGGUAUAAUGUUUAUAUUUUAUCAUGUAAUUUGUGGUUGUAUGAGGACAUAGAACUAUGUUAGAGGAGUGUACAUUUGAAUUGUUGAAAAUUAUUUAUGUAUUGAUGAUAAAAAAAAAAAAAA